CUGCACCCGUACCUACUGCACGGGUCCGGGCCUAACGUGUCCAAGAACUAUCGUAAAGCGAUAACAUUUCACUUCGCGAACAGCUUCUGCCACUACAUCGAUAUCGCUGGCACCGUUCAGGAGGAGAUGGCCAAAGGAUUCGAGUACUACAACGAGAAGAAGGGCAUGAAACUUAGUUAUGUGGAUGCCUGGAGGUACAAGUGCAAGCAAGUUAAGGGCACGCGUUCCAACUUAUAAAAAAACUAUAAAAAGCAAUAGAAAAUGGUGGCGGUUCGACUUUAAAGGGAAAAAGGUCAAGGAAAAUCUAUUACAAAUCUAUACUUCUAUACUAAUAUAUAAAGCUAAAGAGUUUGUUUGUUUAUUUGAACGCUCUAAUAACAGGAACUACUGGUUCAAAUUGAAAAAAUAUUUUUGUGUUGAAUAGACCAUUCACCGAGGAAGGAUUUAGGAUUAUAUAUCAUCACUCUGCGACCAAUAGGAGCGAAGAAAAAAUCAUAACUUAUAUCUUCUAAACACGCGGACGAAGUCGCGCAAUCAAUCAAGCAAUCAAAUUUGUUUUUUCCAUUUGUUAUAACUAGGCUUUUUCAGACACUUUCGAAACAUCAAUAUAAUGCUUCUAGUUAUACGAAAAAUGUUAUUUCUAUGGAAAAGAACCGGCGAGAAAGCCCAUGAGAAACUUAUAAAAAAAA